AUGGCCCUACGGGCGCUGACCCGCACUCUAGGCUCUCUGAGCCUGGGGACCCUGGCUGCCGCCGCUCGCGUCCGGAACCCUGCCCCCCAGGUGAUAAGCAAUGCCUUCCUCCAGCCACCCUCUGCCUUGAUGCUAUCCCCCUGCCGCCCAGUCCUUACCUCUGUGGCCCUUAAUGCGAAUUUUGUGUCCUGGAAGAGUCGUACCAAGUACACCGUUAAACCAGUGAAGAUGAGAAAGUCUGGGGGCCGAGAUCAUACAGGCCGGAUCCGAGUGCAUGGCAUUGGUGGGGGCCACAAGCAGCGUUAUCGAAUGAUUGACUUUCUGCGGUUCCGGCCUGAGCAGGAGACCAAGCCAGGACCUUUUGAGGAGAAAGUCGUUGUUGUUCGUUACGAUCCCUGCAGGUCAGCAGAUAUAGCUCUGGUUGCCGGAGGCAGCCGGAAACGUUGGAUCAUUGCUACAGAAAACAUGAAGGCUGGAGAUGUGAUCCUUAACUCUGACCACAUAGGCCGUAUGGCAGUUGCUGCUAAGGAAGGGGAUGCACAUCCUCUCGGAGCCCUGCCUGUGGGUACCCUCAUCAACAACGUGGAGAGUGAGCCAGGCCGAGGGGCCCAGUAUAUCAGAGCUGCAGGGACAUGUGGUGUGCUGCUGCGGAAGGUGAAUGGGACUGCCAUCAUCCAACUGCCCUCUAAGAGGCAGAUGCAGGUACUGGAAACGUGUGUGGCAACAGUGGGCCGCGUAUCCAACGCUGACCAUAACAAACGGGUCAUCGGCAAGGCUGGGCGGAACCGCUGGCUGGGCAAGAGGCCUUCUAGCGGGUUAUGGCAACGCAAGGGAGGCUGGGCUGGCCGAAAGAUUCGGCCCCUGCCCCCUAUGAAGAGUUAUGUGAAGCUGCCCUCAGCUGCUGCACAAAGCUGAUAUCCCUGGACUCUUAAUAAAAUGACCCCGUAUUUUUUGUUAUUGGGUGUUUGUUUUUUGUGU